CCUCAUCCUCCCUACCCCUCCACCAGUCGAGCUAUCUCCGCGCCGUUUAUUCCAGUUCUAUUUGACGGAUUCGCGUGCCAUCCGCUCUUUUCCAGCCUACGCUCCCCACCCCGCGCGACGGAUCUCGAGGUCACCCGGGCUGACUCGAGUAUAGCCCUUUAGCUCUCUAUCGAAUCGCCGAUUGGCUCCUCUCCCCCGACAUCAUGCCGAUGGACGCAAAGGAAAUCGAGGUCAAGUCGAAAGCCUUGGCCAAAGCCACCGCCCAGAAUGAGCCACCCUCCACCCUGCUGCAGAUUCUGAAAGAGCUUCAGCAAGGCGUGAAGGCGACGGAGGACCUGCUGCGAUCCACCCGAGUGGGCAUCAUCGUCAACAAGCUCAAGCAGAACAAGGCUCCCGAGGUGGCCCGCCUGGCCAGCGAGAUCGUCUCCAGAUGGCGCAAUGAGGUGAACAAGCAGAAGGCGAGCGGAUCCCCUGGAGCCAGUCGGCGGUCCAGCGGGUCGCCGCGCCCACCCCAGAACGGAACCGCCUCGCCCGCCGGCACGCCGACCGACAAAUUGUCGAAGCUGUCGGUGCCCCCGGAGAAGCGCACCUGGAAGGCCGACGGAGUGGACAUCAACCAGACGUCCAACAAGAGCCGCGACAACUGCAUCGGCCUGAUGUACGACGGCCUGUGUCUCAACUCGACCGAGCCGCCCCGUCAUGUGCUCUCUAAAGCCAGCGCAGUCGAAGCGGCCGCCUACUCGGCCUUCGGCCCCGAAACCAAGGAAGGGUACCGCACCAAGAUCCGCAGCCUGUUCCAGAACCUCAAGAACAAGUCGAACCCCAAGUUACGGGUGCGGGUGCUCAGCAGCGAAAUCGCGCCGGAGGACUUCGUCAAGAUGUCGCACGAGGAGCUGCGAUCCGUGGAGCAGCGCGAGCAGGACCGCAAGAUCCAGAAGGAGAACAUGGACAAGGCGAUGGUGGCGCAGGCGGAACGCAGCAUCAGCACCAGUCUACAGUGCGGCAAGUGUGGCCAGCGCAAGGUGACUUACACUGAAGCGCAGACGCGCAGCGCUGAUGAACCGAUGACGCUGUUUUGCACUUGUGUGAAUUGCGGCAAGUCCUGGCGGCAGUAGCCAUUCUUUAUCCUCUUAUAUUUAUCAGUUCGGUAUACUCAUCAUGCUCUCUCUCUCUCUCUCUCUCUUUCUCCCUCUCUUUUACACACACUCUCUCUUUUAUUCUAUUUUUUUUUUUUUUUUU